AGCCUUCACACACUCAUCUCCGUACCACACAUACCCUUGAUCUCUAACGACGACCAUUGACAACAUGACUGGAAACUUCGAACUUGUAGCCAUCGGCAACCCCCUCCUGGACAUGCAGGUCAGGGAUGGAGAGGAGGUGCUCAAGAAGUACGACCUCAAGGCAAACGAUGCCAUCCUUGCCGAGGAGAAGCACAUGCCCAUCUACAAGGAGAUCGUCGACAAGUACGACGUCGCCUACGUCGCCGGUGGAGCCUCCCAGAACGCCGCUCGAUGCGCCCAGUACGUCCUUCCCGAGAACUCCACUGCCUACUUUGGCUGUGUCGGUGAGGACCACCUGUCUGAGCAGCUGCGCGCCGCCAACAAGAAGGAAGGCCUUCGCUCCGUCUACCAGGUCAAGCCCGAGGUCCCCACUGGCUCCUGCGCCGUCGUCAUCACUGGCCACCACCGUUCCCUCUGCACCAACCUGGGUGCGGCAGAGAAGUUUGACAAGAGUCACCUGCAGAGCGAAGAGGCACAGAAGCUCAUCAAGGGAGCAAAGUACUUUUACAUGGAGGGAUUCUUCUUGACCCACGGCGUGGAAAGCGCCAUGGUCCUCGCAAAGGAGGCCGCAGACAGGGGUGUUCCCUUUGUCAUCAACCUCUCGGCCCCCUUCAUCCCCCAAUUCUUCACUUCGCAGCUCAACGAGUUCCUCGCCUACUCCCAAAUCGUCUUUGGUAACGAGACCGAAGCCGAGGCAUACGCCGAGGCCUCCAACCUCGGCACAAAGGACCUUACCAAGAUUGCUCAGGCCAUUGCCGAUGGACCCAACAAGACUGGCAAGCCUCGUCGGGUAAUCAUCUCGCACGGCGCAGAGGACACCGUCCUUGCCAUUUCCGGCGAGUCGUCUGCAAAGACGUUCCCCACUCCUCAGAUUGCCAGCGAGAACAUCGUGGACACCAAUGGAGCCGGAGACGCCUUUGCUGGUGGUGUUCUGGGCGCACUCAUUGCCGGUAAGAGCACCGAGGAGGCCAUCUCCAUUGGACAGAAGUUGGGUGGAAUGUGCAUUGGUCAGUCUGGACCUGUGCUCAAGUUCCCAAAGGAGAAGAUCUUCUAAGUAGCAGUCACGAUGCAUGGUAAGGGAAGAGGAGGGGGUGAAUGAAGGUGGAUGUACUGACGAGAAGGGAGUGCACAGAGGGUAGAGAGGUAAUCGCCACCUAUCAUUACAAGUCUCAACGACAUGACAGGACAAGGGUCAAAAAAGAGGGAGUGCAGCAGCACAAUCUGGG